AUGAGCUCAUCUAAGCGUCGCCGACAGCAGCAGCAGAGGCUCACCUUCGAGCCUGUCUCUGAAUCUAGCUCACCAGCCCUCGGCCAAGGGCUUUCGCCUGCAAGGGUCAGAUUCCAGUCACCCAAGGACGGAAGUCCAAGCAGUCGUUCAGUACGCCCCCUCAGGAUGGCGCGAUCCAAGAAACCGAAGCAGCAGACAUUGGAUGCAUCGCUUGGUCAGAGCAUAGCCAAACAGCCAAAAGCUAUCGGAGGGGGAAAUGACAAUCAGCCUGUCUCCCUUGGGAACGAUGUGAGAAUGCGACAGAGGCAGCCGCCUUCUCCGCCCAUGUCGUCUUUCAUGUCCAAGUCGAAUAAAGCAUCCCGUCGCAUAGUAGACAGCGACUCGGACACCCCUGCCGAAGAGGAUGGCGAAGUGGAUGACACAGAUGGCGAAGGUCCCCUGAGACCCGAGAUCACCCGGAGAGAUCUAAGCCGGCCGAGUCAGAGAGGCGAUGAGCCUGUUAUUACUUUAGAAGAUAGCGACGAUGAUGAGCCCAACAUGCGCUCGUCUCAAUCCCUUCCAAAUCAGGCGGCCGUUAGUGACGACUCCGACGUACCCCUGGUGACACCGCGGUCCAGCGCGCGUAAAAAGGGCCGGGCUGUUGUGGAUGAAGACGAAGACAAAGACGACGACGACGACGAGGACGAUGAUGAGGAAGACGUGCAGAGCCCUACCAAGAGACGGAAGCUUACCCGCAACGCUCGUAAAGUGAGUCCUGUGGCCAGCAGUGAUGGCUCAGAUUCGCAGUCGAGUCAAUCGGACCGCCAGGUCACUCCGCAAAACAAGAAGUCUGCUUCCCCACAGUCCUCGACUCGCAAGAUGAGAUCGAGAGCGCGCAGGGGCCACCGUUCUGAGAAGGAGAAGAAGAUGGAGCUCUUGCGCCGCCGAAGAGCUGGAGAGAAAAACCUCACCAUGUCAGACCUUGACACAUCCGAUGAGGAGGUUGAUGAGGACCAGGGUGCUCUGUAUGAUACAGACUCAGACCACCAGGUUCUUGAAGUCUUUGACGAUGAGUCGGAUGAACCCGCGGAAGCUGCAGCACCUGCUAAGAAGUCAAAGAAAGCGAAGAAGAAGCAGAAGGGUCAGGCCUCGAGCAGACGCAACGCAGAGGACGAGGAGGGUACCGCCGACAGCGAUGGAAAUCUGGAGGGCUUCAUUGACGAGGAUGACGAUACGAUCGGAGUUCCGGAGGAGGCACUUUACCAGAUUCCUCUGGAGUUCACGCGGGCCGCCCGCAAGCCCCUCAAGGCUCACUUCAAAGAUGCUGUGGAGUGGCUCGUCCACCGCAGGAUCAACCCUGCCUUCGAGAGGGAUGAUGAGGUCUACAAGACGGCCUGGACGCGACUCAACGAUGAGGUUAUCGGCCUGGCGCAGUCAAAGUUCAUCUCGUCUGUCUGGAGGCCUGAUUUCUACCGGGUCCUGCGGGCUCGCCCGUACAUCGAGCAGACCGAGCUUGGAGCGGGUCAUCUCGGCACCGAAUUUGAGAAGUGCCAGGCCUGCGGAAGGUCGAAUCACCCAGCGACGUGGGCUAUCAGUUUUAAGGGAAAGCCAUACGACAGCUACACGUUGGACGAAUUGGAGAAUGACACGACCACCGACUCGGACGACGAGGAAGACUCGGAGGAGCAGCCGGACAUCGACGCGAAUGGCAACAGCCUCCCGCCCGAGGACAAGGAGUUCUUCGUCGGCACGACGUGCAACAGCAAUGCCGAGACGGCCCACAACCUGCUGCACUGGAAGCCGGCCCUGCGGGACUGGGUCAACAACUCCCUGCAGAGGGAGGGCUGGCUGGCGCCCGAGAAGCUGGCCGAGCAGGACGGCAUGAAGCCCAAGAAGCGGCGCAAGCUCGCCGACGGCAUCGUCGAGGACUGGGACGAGCGCGGCAUCGUCAAGCGCCUGUUUGAGGACUUCAAGCAGGUCGUCAAGAUGGCGCAGGAGAAGGACACCGCCAAGGCGUCGAGAGGUGGGCGCAAGUACGUCCGGUAA